UACUUAAAAAUAUUUUUCCAAUCUUUUUAUGAUGUGUUUUUGUUUAUUCAUCUAUUAAUUUUCAGGUUGAGUUGCGUAGAGCGUAUAACUGUGAAAUAAUGCUUACAAAAAUAAAAAUGCCUCUGCCAGAUAUGAUUAAUGCAGUUUUGGCUUUGGAUACGUCAGCUUUAGACAUUGACCAAGUUGAGAAUCUCAUCAAAUUUUGUCCUACGAAAGAAGAAAUGGAAACACUGAAGAAUUAUACUGGCAACAAGGAAAUGCUUGGAAGGUGUGAACAGUUUUUCCUGGAGCUGAUGAAGGUCCCUCGAGUAGAAUCCAAGUUAAGGGUAUUUUCAUUCAGAAUCAACUUUUCUACUCAGGUGAAGGAGUUACGAUCUAAUCUGAUUACAAUCAACAAUGCUUCUAAAGAGGUAAGGGAAUCUGUAAAGUUGCGUCAGAUAAUGCAGACUAUUCUCACCUUGGGAAAUGCAUUAAAUCAGGGAACAACGCGAGGAUCAGCAAUAGGAUUCAAACUGGACAGCCUUCUUAAAUUGUCAGACACUCGUGCAAGAAACAAUAAAUUGACUCUAAUGCAUUAUUUAUGCAAGCUCCUCGCUGAGAAAAUGUCAGAGUUGUUGGAUUUUGAUAAGGACCUGGUUCAUUUGGAAGCAGCAUCUAAGAUUCAACUGAAGUCCUUAGCUGAAGAAAUGCAAGCAGUCAGUAAGGGUCUUGAAAAGGUUGAGCAAGAGCUCACUACCUCGGAAAAUGAUGGUGCCAUCUCUAUGGGUUUUCAGAAGGCUUUAAAGGAUUUCCUUGAUACCGCUGAAGCUGAAGUGAGGUCACUUAUAUCAUUGUAUUCUGAAGUGGGAAGAAAUGCAGACUGUCUAUCUCAGUAUUUUGGGGAGGAUCCAGCUCGCUGUCCAUUUGAGCAAGUGACAUCAAUAUUGGUAAUCUUCAUUAAGAUGUUCAAUAAAUCGCGUGAGGAGAAUGCUAAGCUAGCUGAUGCUGAAAGGAAGAAACUGGAAAAGGAUGCCAUGAAAGAACGAGCAAAUUCUUCAACAAAAUAAGAUGGCUUAUGUUGAUGGCACAGAGGUUUAAAAGUAACACAAGCUGUGCAAGGUAGGAUGACGAGGAAAGAAAAUGUGACUGUUGAAGCAGUUGGGAGUAAAAAGAUUAUAUUCAUUAU